UGUAUGCCAGGUUGUGGUGGCAAUUAGGGACAAAUUAAAUGUCUAAACAAAGAUUUCUUACGUUGCUUCUGUUUCUUUGAUUUUUUUUUUUUUUUUUUUGAGAUGGAGUCUCACUCUGUCACCCAGGCUGGAGUGCAGUGGCGUAAUCUCGGCUCACUGCCACCUCCACCUCCCAGGUUCAAGUGAUUCUCCUGCCUCAGCCUCCUGAGUAGCUGGGAUUACAGGAAGGUGCCACCACUCCUGCCUAAUUUUUUGCAUUUUUAGUAGAGACGAGGUUUAGCCAGGCUGUUCUGGAUCUCCUGACCUUGUGAACAGCCUGCUUCAGCCUCCCAAAGUGCUGGGAUUACAGGUGUGAGCCAUCACACCUGGCCUGAUUCCUUGACCUUUAUGUGCAUGGGGCAGGUCUUGGAGGUGUGCAUGCAGGGCUUUCUUGGGGUGGGUGUUUCUGUGGGGACCCAUGUGGGGGCUUCUGUUCCCCUUCUGUGUUUCUGGGUGUGCGGACAGGCUGCCUGUGGCUGAGAUUUGAGUCUCAGCUCCUCCAGCUUCAGAUGGGUGAACUUGGGCACCUAGAGCCUCUGUUUCUUUGUCUAUAGAAUGGGGGCGAUGAGAGUCCCCACCUUUUAGGAUGACAAUGGCACGUGUACAGUUCAGGGCCUGGGUCUCGGUCAUCUGAGCAUGAAUGUGAUGAUCAUUCUUCUUCAUGAUAAUGAAGGGCCAGAGCUGCCUGGCUCAUGUGAGCAGGUGCUGCAGACCCGGAGCCUUCUGAGAUACCACCUAGAGGCUACCAGGAAACAGACCCUGGUGUCUGGGAGACCCACUCUGUCUCUGUGCAUUAGCUGGGUGCCCGCUGCUGCGCCUAGGGAAGAACAUGCUUGUGCAUGCGUGCAUGCAAGCCGGGACAUCUUGUGUCUUUGUACGUACCUGUUCAUCUGUGCAUGCCUGGUGAUUGUGCAUGGGCAAGGCCGCUGUGUCGCACACCUCCAGGGACUUCUGUUUACACAGUGGCCUAAGUUAAGGGCUGUGCACCUCGAAGAAAGAGAGCUGCCGGCCCCUCUGACUGCACUGUGGGUGGCAGUCCUGAGCCUGUGCACAGGCUGGCAGAACUCUGGGCGUGUCCUUAUGGGUUCAUCUCACUGCACAUGUAUAUGUAUGUCUGGGUGUAUGAGGCUGGGUGUACAUGUCUGUGAGUGUGAGUUCCUGUGUGUGUGUAUAUUUGUGCCUCUGCAGGUGUGUUCCUCUGGCAAUGCCUUGGUUUUUUGUUUUGUUUUGCUUUGUUUUUGAGACCGAGUUUUGCUCUUAUUGCCCAGGCUGGAGUGCAAUGGGCGUGAUCUCAGCUCACCGCCACCUCCGCCUCCCGGGUUCAAUGAUUCUUCUGCCUCAGCUUCCCGAGUAGCUGGAAUUACAGGCACCCGCCACCAUGCCCAGCUAAUUUUUUUUUCUUUUUUGAGACAGAGUCUCGCUCUGUGGCCCAGGCUGGAGUGCAGUGGUGCAAUCUUGGCUCACUGCAACCUCUGUCUCUCAGGUUCAAGUGAUUCUCCUGCCUCAGCCUCCUGAGUAGCUAGGACUACAGGUGCAAUCCACCACGCCCAACUAAUUUCUGUAUUUUUUUGUAGAGACGAGGUUUCUCCAUGUUAGCCAGUCUGGUCUCGAUCUCCUGACUUUGUGGUCCACCUGCCUCAGCCUCCCGAAGUGCUGGGAUUGCAGGUGUGAGCCACGACUUGUGUCUGUGUUCGCAUAUGAAGCAGGGAAGGAGCCACGUGGCUUCAGGCGUGUGUGUAAAUGUGUGUGUGUGAACAUCUGUUCCUUAGGGAUGCUUGUUGCUUUGAGUGAUAUGCACACAUUUCUCUGUGUGCCUGCUCUUAUGUGCAUGUGGUUGUACAUGUGUGGGAGACGGGGACAGAACACUGGGCUGGGUGCCACACCCUGUGCUGUGCUGGUCAGCUGCAGUCCAGUGCCCCUUUCAAUGCCAGGAGGGCAACUUCCCAUUUCGUGAGCGCUGUCCCUCUGUCCACAGGAGUGCUGACAGAUGUACAGAUGUUUUUCCACAUCAGUGACAGCAAUGCUGGUUUGCUUCAGACUGGUAAGGAGGAGUCCCCGCUCUGGAGCUGGGGCCCUGGGCUCAUGCUGGGGUGAGCUCUUUCAGUGGCUCAUGUUCUGUGCCCAGCUUCAGCCCCAGUGGGUCUGCUGGCACAGGGGGUGGGUGGAGUGUGGCUUGAGGGGCAAUCUGGGCAGGAGGAGGAGGGAGCCUAGGCUGGAACAGCUGCACUAGUUCGAGUGGAGGGUACCACAGGAGAGCAGAGGGAGGUGGGGCUGGGACAGGCCCCGCGCUUCAGCUCCUGGCUGCGGAGCUGAUUACUGCUUCCCUUGGCACUGGUGAAGCUCAGCUAUGCACCUGAGGCUUGCUUGUGUUUGAGAAAUCCUGAUGUGUGCCUUUGCCUCACAGACCUGAAAAAUCUGACUACUGGGACACAUGAGGACAGACAGACACAGACACAAACAGACACAUCCUCCUGUAUGGGCUCAGAGGGAUGUGGCCCACAGAGAGCCUAACACCCGGCAGCGAGGGCAGCCACAUGUCCCAUCUCAGCAUCAGAGUGGUUGGGGCCAUGAGGCAUGAGCUUUUCCCCUGUGGGUGCCUGCAUGGCGUUACACACCCACAUGUGCACACACACAACACACAUGGUCACAACACGUGAUACACACGUGCACACACACCCAGCCUGUAACUAGCAUGUGCUGAGGGGCCUCCUAACAGCCCGUCUCUCAGGGCUUUGGAACAUGACUCUCAGCUGGGCGCGGUGGCUCACACCUGUAAUCCUAGCCCUUUGGAAAACUGAGGCGGCUGGAUCAUGAGGUCAGGAGUUCGAGACCAGCCUGGCCAACAUGGCGAAACCCCGUCUCUACUAAAAUUACAAAAAAAUUAGCCGGCUGUGGUGGCAUACGCUUGUAAUCCUAGCUUCUCAGGAGGCUGAGGCAAGAGAAUUGCUUGAACCCAGGAGGUGGCGGCUGCAGUGAGAUGAGAUGGCACCACUGCGUUCCAGCCUAGGUGACAGAGUGAGACUCCAUCUCAGAAAAAAGAAAAAAAGAAAGAAAGAAAAGGAACAUGGCUUUCAAACUGGGUACAGGUAUCCCUGGGGAUAUACAGUAACUUUCCAGGGUCUGCACGAACACAGAGAGUUUUGAGAGAUUGACUCAUUUCUAGAUCCUCAAGUCUGUAUGUUUUUUCCUAAAAUGAUGUGCCUGAGGAGAAGCCCGUGGUCAGCCUGUGCUUCCCCUUCCUCUUCUUCCCCGUCACAAUUCCCUGUCUACUGAGGGAAGCAGAAAGGGACUCCUCUCCCUGUCCUGGGUGUAAAACCUCCCAGGCUCCCUCCUGCAUGGAUGCUUGGUUUCUGUUGGGGGGGCCUUGGGAGAGAAGCAGAGAGCAUCAGGAGACACGUGCUAGGGAGGUUUGCUCCAGGACACAGGCCCAGGCAAGGAGCCAGGCCUUAUCUAAGCAUCCCUGUGUGCCAUGUCUACCAUCUAUCUACGAAUUAGAAUUCAGAGUGAGAUCAUGGUCUCAGGGAUGCAUGUCCACACAUUUCUUUCAGUGAAAAACACAAAACCAACGUUUUUCUUAUAAUCAGUUUGAUUGUGUAAUUGGUUUGGCAAGAAAGGAUGGGUGGGUGUCCUUGCUUAAAUUCUACUGCAGAGAUUUCCCAGAAACGGAAUAAACUCGGCCCUGUAGCUCCAAGAGUUUGGAUGAAAAUAUAGUUAAAAAAAUACACAACAAUGUGGGAAAUCCCAUCUUUGGCAAAGAUUCAAAGUUAUGAUAAGAACAUUUUAGUGUUAGCUGAAAAUGUGUGGCAGAGUAUGUAGUUCUAGAAACUUCUUUGAAAGUGACGUGAGCAAGAGUUAGAAGAUCACAGCUUUAGAACACGCAUCAUUUCCAAUUGCCCCUCAGUCUUGAGGCCAAGAGGCCGGCAGCUGAUCUUCCAGCCACAUCUGUAGCUGAAGUGAGACCAUCUUGGUUCAACACCCACAGCCUUCUCAAUUAAAUAGAUAAUGGUGGUUUGGUCAACAUUUCCCUUCACUGGUUCUUUUUUUUUCUUUCUUGAGAUGGAAUUUCACUCUUAUUGAACAUGCUAGAGUGCAAUGGCACAAUCUUGGCUCCCUGCAACCUCCACCUUCUGGGUUCAACUGGUUCUCCUGCCUCAGCCUCCCAAGUAGCUGGGAUUACAGGUGUCCGCCACCAUGCCCACUAAUUUUUGUACUUUUAGUAGAGACGGGGUUUCACCGUGUGGCCAGGGUGGUCUUGAUCUCCAGACCUCAGGUCGUCUACCAGCCUCGGCCUCCCGAAGUGUUGAGAUCACAGGCAUGAGCCACCGCGCCCUGCCCUUACCUGGUUCUUACCAGGGUGGUCAGGAUUAUUACUACAAGGCUUGGGCUACAGAGGGAGGGGUGUGUGUGUGUGUGUGUGUAUGUGUGAGUGUGUGUUUGGGAGUAGGUGAAGAGAAGGGUCAUCUUUGCAAAAACAACCCAAAAAUGUCAUGGAAAGGACAGUAGGCUUGGAGGCUGAUGGUCUCUGGGCGCUCAGGUGAGUCUCUUCACCUUUUCGGGUUGCCAUGCAAUGGCCCUUAGCCCCAGCCUGUUGUCUGUCCACAGGGCUGCUGAGAGGAGGAAUCUGGUGACUGAGAGAGGUUGGUGAAGAGAUAGAGGGAUUAGGCUGGGCACCGUGGCUCAUGCCUGUGAUCCCAGCAUUUUGGGGGGCUGAGGUGGGCAGAUCACCUGAGGUUGGGAGUUUGAGACCAGCCUGGCCAACAUGGUGAAACCCCAACUCUACAAAAAAUACACAAAUUAGCUGGGCGUGGUGGUGGGUCCCUGUAGUCCCAGCUACUCAGGAGACUGAGGUGGGAGGAUCACUUGAACCCAGAAGGCAGAGGUUGCAGUGAGCCGAGAUCAUGCCACUGCACUCCAGACUGGGCCACAGAGCGAGACUGUCUCAAAAAAACAAAAAGAGAAAGCGGUGGAAGGUGAGAAGAUGCAGUGGUCAGGUUCCCUCCACCCACCCAUGGGAUAGGGAGGCUGCUGGAGUUAGUUAAUUCAUUAACAAUAUUUAAAACUGACACUGACUUGGCCCUUACCCCGUGCUAGGCUGUAUUCUAAGUGCUUUAAAUAUCAGCUUGUUUAACAUUCACGACAACCCCACGAGGCAGGUUUUACUCUUAUGCCCAUUUUACAUUUUGAAUCCAGGAGGUGUGCCUCCCGAGCCUGUCUUUUAACUCCGGGAGGAUUCAUUUCACCUGCUAUGUCACAGAAAUAAUUUGAAUUUGGAGAUGCUGGGAAUGAAGAGUGUCUGUGUUCCCCUGGGGAGGGGCACCUGCAGGUUCACAGUACGUCUGCAGGUUCAGGGACUUAAGCCCGCAAGUGAUCCCUGGAGAUGAGAAAUAUGGGGAAAUAUAUAUAUAUUUUCUUUUCUUUUGCUGUUUGUUCAUUUGUUUUUUGAGACAGAGUCUUGCUCUGUCACACAGCCUGGAUUGCAGUGACAUAAUCUUGGCUCACUGCAACCUCUGCCUCCCAGGUUCAAGUGAUUCACCUGUCUCAGCCUCCCUGGUAGCUGGGAUUACAGGCACACACCACCAUGCCCAGCUAAUUUCUGUAUUUUUAGUAGAGACGAGGUUUCACCAUGUUAGCCCGGCUGGUCUUGAAUUCCUGACCUCAGGUGAUCUGCCCACCUCAGCCUCCCAAAGUGCUGGAAUUACAGGCAUGAGCCACCAUACUCAGCUGGGAAAUAUUUUUUAUAAAUUUUGGGUAAAGAAGAUGUGCAUAAACAAGAAAUGAAACAACCCUUGCCCCUCUGGAAGGUUAAUAAAUUUGACCACAUCAAAGCUAAACACUUUUGUAUGAUGGUGAUUGAAAUUAUGCAAUUAGUAAUAAUAAUAGGUAACAUUUAUUGGACAUUUACAUGAAGCUAUGCAGAUAGCUUUUAUGUGCUUUAUUUUACUUCAUCCUCUCAGGAAUGCAACAAGAAAAUAGUGCUGUUGAUGAAAGGGAGCAUGAAGAGUUAAGGAAUUUGCUCUGGGUCACAUAGCCAGAGUGGUGAGCCAGGAUGCAAACCCAGCCAACUUAGUCCCAGAAGUUACGUUUUUAAUUCUUAAAACAAAUAUAAAAAACGAUGGGAACUUAUUUACAAAACAUAUUCACGAACAACGGCCCAGUGGAAAAAUGGAGAGAGGGCUGGGAGUGGUGGCUCACGCCUGUAAUCCCAGCACUUUGGGAGCCCGAGGGUGGAUCCCUGGAGCCCAGGAGUUCAAGACCAGCCUGGGCAAGAUGGCAAAACCCUGUCUCUACAAAAACUACAAAAAUUAGUGAGGUGUGGUGGUACACGCCUGCAGUCUCAAUUAUUCUGGAGGCUGAGGUGGGAGGAUGGCUUGAGGCCGGGAGACAAAUGCUGCAGUGAGCCGAGAUCGAGCCACUGCCCUCCAGCCUGGGUGACAGAGUAAGACUCUGUCUCAAAAAAAAAAAAAGAAGAAGGUAUGAAUACAGCUGUGUCCAGGGAACAUUUUACCUAGUAGGAAAACCAACUCUUUCCUGGCUUCCUGAACUAGUCACUAGUUCACAGUCAAUGUGCUUGUUCUUUUUUUUAAUUUCUUUUUUUGAGCUGGAGUCUUGCUCUAUCACCCAGGCUGGAGUGCAGUGGUGCAAGGUUGGCUCACUGCAACCACUGCCUCCCAGGUUCAAGUGAUUCUCAUUCCUCAGUCUCCGGAGUAGCUGGGGUUACAGGCACCCACCAUCACACCUGACUAAUUUUUUGAUGUUUUUUAGUAGAGACAGGGUUUCACCAUGUUGCCCAAGCUGGUCUUGAACUCCUGAGCUCAGGCAAUCUGCCUGCCUUGGCCUCCCAAAUUGCUGGGAUUACAGGCAUGAGCCACCGCUCCCGGUGCAGUGUGCUCAUUCAAAACCAUCCUCGUCCGCUGCUCAGAGCAGGCCCAGACAGACUUCCCUCUUCCCCUGCUCCCUGUUGCCCCAGCAGGUGUAUGAAUGAAAAAUCAGACCAGUUCCAUAUCCAGGCUCACAGGGGUCAUGUGUCUUUGUAGAGUUGGGAGACUGUCAUCUGCUCCAUGCCUGAUGCUCCAUGUUCACUCCCAUCUCACCUUUACCAGCCUGGAGGGGAUAGACUUCUCCAGUGUUGGGGUGACACUCAGAGCCAAUGCCGGGUCCAGGCCCCAACACUCUGGGCUGUGGUUUCGUGUUGGCAGAGCACUGUGAGAUUCACCUUGUCUUUUCUUCCUCAUGCCCUGGGCCAACUGCCAAGAUGCCAGCUUGUGGCAUCUGAAUCAGGCUCCUUUCCCGGGCCUGCUGGGUGGCCUGCCCCACCACAGUUGUGGGGGAUCCAGGCUGCCCCUCUGUGUCUCCUCCAGUCUUCAUCGGCUGCCUGCUGCUGUCUGCACCCGUGUUUGGCUACCUGGGUGACCGACAUAGUCGCAAGGCCACCAUGGGCUUUGUGAUCUUGUUGUGGUCAGGAGCUGGCCUGGCUGGCUCCUUCAUCCCACGCCAGGUAGGUAUCCAGGCCCCUGCCCAGGCCCCUGAAGCCCCUUCCCCACCUGCUUCCUCCCUGGCCCAGUCCCGUCAGAGCUGGGUGUGGACAAUUCUGCUCCAUUCCCGGCUCACCUUUACCAAGGUGAGUGGGGGUCGCACUGAGGGCUAGGAGAGGAGGUGAGGGCACAGCCUCCAGCUGAGCCUGCACAGGUCAGAGCCAGUAGACUUUCUUUCUUUUUUCUUUUUGUUUUUGAGACAGAGUUUCGCUCUGUUGCCCAGGCUGGAAUGCAAUGGCGUGGUCUGGGCUCACUGCAACCUCUGCCUCCUGGGUUCAAGUGAUUCUCCUGCCUCAGCCUCCCAAGUACCUGGGAUACCAGGCACCUGCCAUCAAGCCCAGCGAAUUUCUGUAUAUUUGUAGAGACAGGGUUUUACCAUGUGGGCCAGGGUGGUCUCGAACUCCUAACCUCAGGUGAUCCACUCGUGUCAGCCUCCCGAAGUGCUGGUAUUACUUGCGUGAACCACCUCACCCAGCCAAGCUGGUGGACUUUCUUAACAGGAGGCCUCCUCUCUCCUACCUCUCACUGCCACACCAGGUUCAUUUCUGCCCAACUCUGCUGGGGGUAACAGUUGCUGUCUUGGGGAACUGGCCUGGUUAGCCAUGGCAGGACCCAGGAGAAGGGCUCCCCUGAGCAGGAGGGCAGGCGGUGGCUGCAGGGGACACACAUGUGAUUUUGGGAACCUGGAGCGGGGAAGGUAGUGAGGUGUCUAUAGCCCCGAUCCCCUUUCCCUCCUCUGGGGUCCUGUGUCAUGGGUCCCCUUGGCCCCUCCUCCAAACCCUCGGGCCCAUGGCCCUAUGGGUGGUUUCUGGAACUCACUGUGGUCUUGUGCUCACUCACCCAGUAUUCUUGGCUCUUAUUCCUGUCCCGGGGCACCAUGGGCAUUGGCUCUGGCGGCUACGCCACCAUCGCACCCACCGUCCUGGGCGACCUCUUUGUGAGGGACCAGCGAACCCACAUGCUGGCUGUCUUCUACAUCUUCAUCCCCGUGGGAAGUGGCCUGGGCUACAUGCUAGCGUCGGCCGUGACGGCGCUGACCGGGAGCUGGCGCUGGGCCCUCCGAAUCAUGCCCUGCUUGGAGGCUGUGGCCUUGAUCCUGCUCAUGCUGUUGGUUCCAGACCCACCCCGGGGAGCUGCGGAGAUGCAGGGGGAGGGGGCUGCAGGAGGCUCCAGGAGGAGCUGGUUCGAGGAUGUCAGAUACCUGGGGAGAAAGUGAGUGUCCCUGCUACCCCCUGCCAGCCACGGAAAAACCCCUUUGUCUGCCCCAGCCUCAUUGAACCCCUCUCUCCACCUCUGGGGAGCCCUCCCUGGUUGCCCCAGUAUUCACAGCUCUCCUCUUCCUCUGAGAUCCCACUUACCAAUGGAAGUGGCCCUCCCUCCCUUAGAGCUUGGCUUUUGUCACCUUGUCAUGUAACAGAUAUAUGGACAGGGAGGGAGGGAGCUGGAGUGAGACCCAGCCUUGCUACUGCCGCUGACCUGCCCAUAAGUGGCCCUGGCACUCAGAGCC